UUUGUACAUCAUAUUUUUACUUACAAGAGAAUUACAUAAUGUUACAAAGCUUUCGUAUGAGAGCUUACACAAGAUUCUUACUGUAGGUAAAAGUUAGUGAUAGAAGAUGUUUAUCAAAGUUAGUUCACAAAAAAACAUAUGAUUAGAUAAAAUUUAUAACAUUUCUAUCUUCCAUCAUUGUUUAAAGUUUCAGUUAACUAAGAAGUGUGAGUUGCACCAAAAAAAAACUAAGAAUUGUGAGAACUGUUGUGUGUUGACAAUAAAAAACAAUACUAAGAAUUUAAGAUAUUUUUUGUUGUUGAUGAAAUGUUUAUAACAGGUACACUAAUCUAUUAAUAUAAUGGGCUUGAAUUUUUUUAAUGAUAUUGGGCUUCAUUGAACUUCGUAUACAGUGAGACCACGCGUCGCUAGCCAAAUAACGUUCGCAAAACUGAUGUUAAAAAAAUAGAGAUCGGAAAAAAAAUCCAGACGGUUUUCGGCCUCAACGAAAUCAAAAACCCUAAUUUCUCCACUCUUCAGAUCUCCCACCGGGUGCUUAUCAUCUUAAUUCAAUUCAACAUAGUUUGAAUUAUUGAAAGUAUCGAUCUUUCCUUUUGUGUAAAAUGAGUGAAGAUAGCAGCAAAUCAGUUUCCGAAGAAACCCCCGUCUCGCUUUGUGUGAUUUAACCAAUCUUCCAAAGAAGAGAGAUGAUCUGUUUUGAACAUGGUGACAGAUACGUGGAUCAGCAAACUGAUGGUACUAUUAUAAUAAGCAGUGAUACCGAGAUAAGGGAGCUGCUUGUAUCUGGUCGGAUCUUCAUUACCAGGAUAUCAAAGGUUGAUUAUCCGGUAAGUCAGUUAUAAACUAUGUAUAAGCCGCAUGCUCAUCAGGACACCUAGUAAGUACUCUUGAUCAAACGUUGUAUGGAUUCAAAUUCUAUUUACUGUUCGCAGGUGUGAAACUUAUAUAUAUGUAAUAUAUCUUGAUGUAAUGUAUAUAUGCUUAAAAGAAAAGAACUAUGUAUAUGGACAGCUGCUCUUUGUAUUAGUUCUUCCCCCAAACUCUUUGUAUCAAGUGGAAUAUAAGGUUGCAAUUAGUGAGAUGUCGGCUCUAGCUGAUAAUCUACAAAGCUUAAACCACUGUUAAAUAACAAAAUAACAAAUAAUAAUAAUCAGGAUGCUCAUACAUAUCAAAUCUUUCAAACAUGUUGAAUAUUGCAUGUACACUCUCUUAAUUAAUGUAUGCACUCAUUAAGGAUACUAUCUGGAGCAUAGUCCGUUUACUAUAUAUGUAAGUAAAUGGUCGACGAUCUAUUUCCCAAUCAUAACUGUAGAUCCUAAAAUCUACACUAAGUAUUUGAUAAUGUUUGAAAGUAAAACUAGGGAAGAUAAUGUGGGCAACGAUAUCCUCAGAACACAACGAUGUAAUCAGGUAUAAGUCGGCGAAAAUGGACUAUAUUCGCAGGUCGAAUAUCAUAAAGAUAUCGGGAGGAGGAAGGAUCGUGACUGAACUCGAGAUCGAGCUGCCUACGUACCCGUUAAGGGAUCAAGUCAUAACGUAGUUCGAUUAUCAUCAUCUCGAGAGAGAUGUCGGUUUCAUCUGUCUCGGACGAGAUGUCGGGUUCAUUGGUGGGCGUCGUUAGUUUUAACCUCAGAAGAGGUUCGUUUAUAUGUCAUAGAAAGACUUACAGCGGCUGAUUUAUGAAUAUAUCUAGAGAUCGAUGUCAAUGAAUAAGAAAUCGCGUCCUUUGUUCAAUACAAUCUCGUUGUUGGUGAUUUCAGAGACGUCCUCUCGUUCAAGAGGUCUUGCUGAGACCAAAGUCUCUCUUGACGUUUAAUGUUUCCUUCAUUCUUUUGUUUAUCAGAUGUCCCCUUCUUCUCGUCUCCCAAGGCCUAUUUUAUAUGAGAAUCAGGUUGUUGCAAGAAGCUCGUAACAUGGUUGGUGGUUUGUUGCAAGUGCUCCCCUUUUUUAGCUAUGACUCAUUCUUUAUAUCUAUCGACUCCGAUAUAUGUGGAGAGUAAUCCUCUUGAUCUUUGACUCAUUAAUUAUCCAAAGAACCUCGGGCUGGCCGACGUCGCGUUAUGAGCUCUCCUAGGCCCGUUUAAGCUUAACUCAAAGUAGUCGUUAACCGGUUUUCUUAUUCUUUCGGCGGGAGGGAUUUAGUGCUAAAUCAUGUAUCAACAAUAACUAUCAUAUAGCAUCAGAUCCCCACCAAACUAUGACCUAGUGUCAGGUCUCCAUCAACUACAAGUUGUAAACUUAUUUCUCCCCGAAUUGAAAGUUACAAACUUAUUCGGAAUGUCAGGGAGACAAUAUUCAUUGUGGCCAGUCUUUCUUACUCCAUACAACCUGCCACCGGAGAUGUGCAUGCAACGGGAGUUACUAUUCUUGACCAUAUUAAUACCUGGUCCGAACCAUCCAAAAAGGUCCCUGGAUGUUUUCCUACAACCACUGAUAAAAGAGUUGAAGGAUUUGUGGUCAACAGGGGUGACGACGUAUGACUGUUCAACGAAGACGAAUUUUACGAUGCGAGCGAUGCUUUUGUGGACCAUAAGUGAUUUCCCUGCCUAUGGGAUGUUGUCUGGAUGGACUACACAUGGGAGAUUAGCUUGUCCAUAUUGUAAUGGAACGACAGAUGCGUUUCAACUGAAGAAUGGUAGGAAGACAAGUUGGUUUGAUUGUCACCGUCGAUUUCUUCCCAUUGGCCAUCCUUACCGAAGAAACAAGAAUUUGGUUAGGCACAAAAGGGUUGUGAGAGACACUCCUCCUCCAUAUCUAACUGGAGAACAAAUUGAAGCGCAAAUCGAAUACUACGGAGCUAACGAAACAGUUCGUUGGGGUGGUAAUUGGCAUGUCCCUCGUAAUAUGCCAGAUUCUUACGGUGUUCAUCACAACUGGCACAAGAAGAGUAUAUUUUGGGAGUUGCCAUAUUGGAAGGAUCUUCUUCUGCGCCACAACCUCGAUGUGAUGCAUAUAGAGAAGAAUUUCUUUGAGAACAUCAUGAAUACAAUAUUGAAUGUCCCAGGGAAGACAAAAGACAACAUAAAAUCGAGGUUGGACUUGCCGGAUAUUUGCUCAAGAAGCGAGUUACAUAUUAAAAGCAAUGGACAAGUUCCCGUUCCGAUAUUCAGAUUAUCUUCAGAAAAAAAGUCGGUGUUGUUCAACUGGGUGGCAUCAGAAGUGAAGUUCCCCGAUGGGUAUGUUUCGAAUCUCUCUAGAUGUGUUGAAAAGGGUCAAAAGUUCUCUGGGAUGAAGAGUCAUGAUUGUCAUGUAUUUAUGCAACGACUACUGCCCUUUGCAUUUGCGGAGCUACUUCCAACAAACGUACAUGAAGCACUUGCAGGUACGUAGUGUAUUAUAUCACAAUAAUUUACAAAAUAAUAUAUGACUAACAAUGUGUUUAAUUUUUUUUUGAAUAUAAAAGGCAUUGGAGCAUUUUUCAGGGAUCUGAGCACACGCACUCUUAAAGAAGAAGUUGUGGAACAGCUUCAGGAGAACAUUCCCAUCUUAUUGUGCAACUUGGAGAAGAUAUUUCCUCCCGGAUUUUUUGACGUCAUGGAGCAUCUAGCUGUCCACCUCCAAUAUGAGGCAUUGCUUUGUGGACCUGUACAUUACGGAUGGAUGUAUUAGUAUGAGCGAGCCAUGAAAUAUUUGAAGGGAAAAGCAAAGAACCUCGCCAAAGUUGAAGGUUCUAUAAUUGCUGGAAGUUUGACGGAAGAAGUUUCUCACUUCACAUCGUACUACUUUGCGUCAAAAGUACGUACACGGAGAAGAGCUCCAAGAAGAUAUGAUGAUGGUGGUGUUGCGCCAACAUAUGCAGUUGCUGGUGUUCCAGACAUCUUUAGCCAGAUUGGGCGACUCGGUGGGAAGUCUAAAGAGGUUUGGUGGUCGAGUGAAGAAGACGCUCAUAGUGCACACACCUAUAUUCUACUCAAUUGCGAAGAUCCAUUGAUGCGUUAUUUUGAAAG